AUGGUUCGCCUGUUCAGUCUGGCGCAUGCCAUGGGGUUGAGUACUAAUCGCAUGGCACUGCCUGAGCUGCCGAAUAAUAUCAUCAGCCUCACUGACUCUUGGAAGUACUACAAGAUGCUUCUACAGGACCAAAAGGCGGUCCUGAAUUCCAACGCCGAUGUGCAGGCGCUCAAGCAUGGCCUGAUGCGCUUCCCAUCGCUAAAGCGCAUCACCCUCGUACCAUCCGCCCAUGGUCCAUUCGUCGGCCGGCCUUUGUACGAGACGCCCAUGCUGCGUGAUUUUCCGCCCAACUUUGGCUACCUCCUGCCGCGGAACUGGCCCGGCAUGAAAUCCCCACAGUCUCUGGACAAGGUCUACUCGUGGUAUAACUACAACCCCAAACCCACGAGCGAGUAUGGACAGAGCGAUGAUCAACAGCGCGAGUAUGAAAAUCAGUGGCGAGGCUUCCGCGUGCUGUUGAGGACGCUAGCUGAGAAUCCGCAUCACAUCACCGAGUUCGUCAUGGACAUGCAUCAUCACCGAACAGGCAUCAACUGCUCCAUCUUCGGUUGGCCAAAGAAGCCAAGCCAAUUAGAGCACGAUCUAGUCAAGCUCCUGUCUACGCCAGGCUUCCGACGUCUUGAUCUAGCUCUCUUGACCGGCGACAAGGAGCGCUACGAGUGGCCCGUGUUUCACACGGCAUUCUUGCGGCGGGCGCUGGAGAGGGCGGAACAGCUCGAGCACAUCAGUCUGUCGUGCACACUGGAUAUUCAACCCAACGGACAUGCGGCGCCGCUCAGUCUGCACAGGCAGGAAGAUGCGGUGCCAUUGCAGGCCAUUUUCCCUUUGGAAUUAUGGCCGAAGCUGCAACACUUUGCCCUCAACCGGCUUCCUGUGCGGAAAGAAGGCCUCGUCUCUUUUCUCGCAGCUAUGCCAGACUCGCUUCGUUCCGUCACGCUCAGCCAUCUCGGUUUUGUAGACGAAACCAGCUCCUGGCAGAAUCUGCUGGGCGACAUGCGCGACAUGCUCGACUAG